UCUUUUUUGACCGAUUUGGACUGUUGGACCCCAAAACCAAAAUACCCAACUUCAUCAAACUGAUAUGAAAUGGUUUCGUCUUCUUCUUCCACAGCCCUCCUCUGUUCAUCCAAACCCCAGAUUGAUUGAUUUCCUUUUCAUUCACUGAAGAAAAUGACAACUCCUCUGUCUGAAACCAAAUCUGAUUCUUGAGGUGACUUCCAUUACCCAAGUGGGGUUUCGACUUUCUUCUAACCAUUUCAUCGAGUACUUGGUGGGCAGUCACACACAUGGCUCAACAGGUUUUUCGUUUGUUCCCUCUUUCACCUUCAUUUGGAUUUUCCCUCUCACCCCAAUGCCUCUUUCUGAUGGAGAAGGAUGGCCUCUUGGUUUACAGCCUCUGAAUGUAAGAGUUGGUGUACCUGGAAAUCGAGACUAUUUGGGAUCAGUGUCUUUCAACACUUUGAUGACGGCUUCUCCUAUUUCAUUCUCUGAUUCUUCAUCCGACUUGGACACUGAGUCGACAGGAUCAUUCUUCCAUGACAAGAGCAUCACACUUGGGAGUCUCAUAGGAGUUUCUAACAUUUUAGAACUCUCAAGAAGAUCAAUCAGGGGAAGAAGAACAGAAAACACAAAGGAGAAGAGGAGCAAUACCAGGUCUAGAGCAUGGUUUUUCUCUCUGUGUUCAAGAGAGAGUACCAACGCAGAUAGCGUUGACAGCGGCCCGUCGUUAGGCCAUUUCUUGGCAGAAGAAAGAAGAGCAGCCGACGAAAAUCGGAGAAAUCAGAGUGUAAUCAUGUAUGGACCAGAUGAAUUAGAAUUGGCUCAGUCUGGUCCAGAGCCAAACUCCCUAUUCAUCAAUGGCUGUGUGGCACCUCCUCAAUCUAGCAUUGGUUCAAAUGCUGAAAAUGGGAGAAAUGGAGGAACUGAGCCUGCAAAUGACAAUAGAGCUGCACUCAUUUGUGCUUGCAUUUGUGGACAUUGAAUCUGAGUUUUGAACUUUCUGUGUGUUCUUGCUAUUGAUUGAAUUUCUUGCUUUCAGAAACAAAUAAAUAUAUCAAUUUACAGUGACCCUUUCUCUUUUCUUUCUUCA